CAGACAUAGAUCUGUCAGAGGCAAAAAAGAGAUGACAGCACUUUGAAGUGAGCAUCAGUUUUAUACUGUCAUUAUAGGGAAGCUGGAAUCAGGAUGGAACGAGCUUCAAACUGGGCAUGUGCGGACUCUGCCCCCUCCUGUAUUUAAAUGGAAGCCGCUGCUGCUGCCCUUUGCUAAGCUGGGGAUGGACUGAAGCAAUCUGAAGCUCUAGUGAGAAACUCUGCACUGGAUCUCACACUGUUCCAAAGAAUCUAACAACCUGCUUCGCGCACACACACACACACAAAGGCAAACUGGCUGACUUGAAUUCAGAGGACAGCUCUUCUUUCUUGGUUUUUGCUUAGAUUUUGUUCACCUAAACAAUCAGCCCAUCCAGAGGGGGAUCUCUUGUCCCUCUGAGGAAGCCAACAGCACCAAAAUUGUGGAGGCCUUCAAAGCUUGGAAUGACUCGGAAGCCAAUGCCUACACACUCAUGGAUCUGCCUCUUAGAGCCCCAACAAAGAUGACAGUGCAAGAUGUUCCUGAUGCCUUUCCUACAGUGGAUGUCCCAGACCAUGCCCAUUAUACGAUUGGAAUAGUCAUUCUUAUAGUGGGGAUCACGGGAACUCUGGGUAAUUUCCUGGUCUUCUAUGCUUUCUGCAGGACUAGGAGCCUUCGGACUCCAGCCAACAUGCUCAUCAUCAAUCUGGCUAUUAGUGACCUCCUGAUGUCCAUCACACAGUCUCCAGUUUUUUUCACCAACAGCCUCCACAAACGCUGGAUUUUUGGUGAGAAAGGCUGUGAGCUGUAUGCCUUCUGUGGAGCUCUCUUUGGCAUUACAUCUAUGAUCACUUUGAUGGUGAUUGCCUUGGACAGAUAUUUUGUCAUCACAAAACCUCUGGCUUCUGUUGGAGUGACAUCUAAGAAGAAGGCCCUAAUAAUCCUGGUAGGAGUCUGGCUGUACUCUUUGGCUUGGAGUCUCCCACCCUUCUUUGGAUGGAGUGCAUAUGUUCCUGAGGGGCUGCUGACUUCCUGUUCCUGGGACUACAUGACUUUCACCCCAUCAGUCCGCGCCUACACGAUGCUGCUUUUCUGCUUUGUCUUCUUCAUUCCUUUGAUUGCCAUCAUAUACAGCUAUGUCUUUAUAUUUGAGGCUAUCAAGAAGGCCAACAAGUCUGUUCAGACAUUUGGAAGCAAACAUGGAAAUAAAGAGUUCCAGAAACAGUAUAAGAGGAUGAAAAAUGAGUGGAAGAUGGCCAAAAUUGCACUGAUUGUCAUCUUGCUUUUUGUCAUUUCCUGGUCACCAUACUCUGUUGUUGCUCUGGUAGCUUUUGCUGGGUAUUCCCAUGCCCUAACACCCUUCAUGAACUCCAUACCAGCUGUGAUUGCCAAAGCUUCUGUCAUCCAUAACCCCAUCAUUUAUGCCAUCACUCACCCCAAAUACAGAAGAGCCAUUGCAACACAUGUUCCUUGCCUUGGAUGCCUACUGAGGGUUUCCCCCAGAGACUCACGAUCUUCCAGCAGUUAUUACUCCUCCAGACGAGCCACCGUAACCAGCCAGUCUUCUGAGACAAGUGGGCUGCAGAAAGGAAGAAGGAGACUGUCUUCUCUCUCUGACAGUGAAUCAGCCUGUACUGAAACAAGUACUCCAGACUUGCAAGUCUCCAGACUUGCCAGAAGACAGAUUCCCUAUGAAACGGGUAAAGACACAAUUCCAACUAGUGACAUAAGAGCCAAACCCGAACUGAAGAGCCAGGAUUCUGGGAUCUGUGAGAAGACAUCAGUAGAUGCUGAUGACAUAUUGAUGGUGGAAUUGAAUGUCAGAAUGGCUACACCUACUAAAACAUCUAAAAUGUGCAACCUGGAGGAAAUCAAGGAAGGUGAGAGCCUGAACAGUAUUGGACAAAGGAAAGGAGAGUCUUGCUAUGGAUCGUUGGCAGCUCAGAUACCCAGCAUUACAAUAACAUGCAGCAAUGUCCAAGGAGUAGAGCUGCCUUCUAGAUACAACUCUGGUUUCCUGUACCCUAAGAGCAACAGUCACAAGCAGAACAAGAAGCCCAACAGUUAAGUAAGUGAGUGGUGCAAGCCAGAAUAUCAUCCUAGCCAAUAGCUCUGGAACAUCUAUGGACUGACUGAAUCCAGAAUACCUUCCUGCAUUGUUCUGAAAUGCCUCAACAAAGACACAACACAAGACAAGCAAGGAGUAAAGCAGGAAGAGUGAUCUUUUCAGCAUCAGAACUCUCUCCAGUGGUUCAUGUCUUGAUCUGAGUCACACUGUAUUUUAUUAUUUCUUCUUUAUGCAGCUCAUGAAACAAUUUCUUUUGUUUGGAUUUUACUCUGCUCAGGUAUAUUCCACCACUACACAGACCUUACCUACAAGCCUCCUGGGAUUAACAUGAGAGGAAAGGGAAAUACGAUAUUCAAAACAGGCCUUUGUUCACUCAGUGUAGUUUAACUUCAAAGCUGUUGCAGAGGUGAAGCUGAGAGAUUUGGGGGAAACUGUACAUUACCUCCUGAAGGUGGUUUCUUCAUUACUGUGAAGUUUCUCAACCAAAAGAAAACUUAAUCACACAGUCAGUGCUCCCCUCUCUCAUUAAUGACAUGUUUUACCCCAUUUUCUUCUACAAUCCAAUGGAAAGGCAAUGCACUUGAGUGGUAAUUUAAAGUCUCAGAUCUUUAUUUUAAUUUCUGAGACUCCGGGGAAAGAGAAAGGGAUAACAGUUGAGGACAAAGCAAUGGUCCUUUCCAUCUUUUUCCAACAGUGGCUUCUUUUUCCAACAGUGGCUUAAGAGACCAGUUUAACCCAGUCUUAGCCAAUCUCCCCAGAGGUUCUGAUAUCUGCCUUCUGACACUUCAAAGUGGUUUACAUUUAGAUGUGCUUAUCUAAAGCAAAUCUUGGGAGGAGAAGGGUUAGUUCCUCAAAAGCAGCUGUUCUAGAGAUGUGUGGAAUCCACACCAUCCCCACUUUGGCAUUUCCAUUUUGCCCUUCUCUAAACAGCAGCAUUCAUAUAGGUGAGGGGUUUUCCCCACAGUGACUGAACCUAUGAGAUUGUAUUUAUUUCCCUUGAAAGGAAAGGAAAAGAGUUUUAUCAAAUAGUGAUUUUCAGCUUUCCCCUGGUGUUUCUUCUAGUGCAUAAGAAUAAAUGGACAAAUUUAAUUUGCAAAUCACAGCAGUCUACAUCACAAGAAUUAUGAGGAAUAGACAAUCCAAAGUGGGGAAACAGACCUUCUGAGCCCAAAAGAACAGGGCACAGAGCUAUUGAAACAGUUCUUCCCUACAGGCCCUCCAGCAGUUCUCCUGUUGGUUGCAAUAAUAGAAGGAACCCAGCAAGGAAUUUUAUCCUAAGUAAAUCAGUUCUUCCUUAUGUCAGAUCAGAAAAAGCUAUAAAAUCAAUAAAAAUGUAACCAGCUUAUUAUUUUGAGAGGGGAAAAAAUGUAAAUCAGUGGGUUCCAGAAGACUUGGGGCAUUGUUUUGAAGCAGACUUUUGGAAACUUACUUCAAACCAAGGUUUAUUAAAAGAAAGGCGAUUAAAACUAAAAAUAAAGGUGAUGAUGGCUUCUGCAGCAGAUGAAUGUUAGAUCAUGAAAAAGUGGGCUGUUCAGGCUGGUAAUAAACUACCAAAAGAAACACACUGUUCAAAAUCCACAAUGUUUUUAUGUAAAUAAAAUCAUAGGCAUUAGAGAUGGAAAGGAGCUAUUACAGUUUCUCCCUUCACCCACCACAGCCGGAUAUUGUCUCCCUGCAGAGGACAAUAUUAAACUGAUAAUAUAUAAAGCCAGCAAAAAGGAGAAAGAAGGGGGAAAACAUCUUCAAACAGGAAGUAUGUUCAAAGAUAUUCAUCAAGUCUAAGGAAUUCUAUUAUGACUUAUUGCUUGGGCUUUUAAAAUUGUUUAAAAACAUGAAGCAUAUAAUUCUUCCUUUGUCAUGAAGGCCUUUGACACUAGUGAAAAAUGGGAAGAAACAUUAGUAAGUGCUGCCUAUCUCAUAUGGGUCACAAAAGACUGAACCUGUCAAGAAAAAUAGGUCAAAGCUCACACAUGCUGUUUCAUGUGUUAACAAGGAGUGCAUGGUAUGUGUCAUUAAUAGCUAGAUCCUUUGCUCCUGUCAUGAUUUUGUUCCAAGCAGUAUUCUUGAAGACUACACUCUGCACACUUCUGCAUUCCCUUCCACUUUUAGAGGGCAUAAAAAGAAUACUUCCAUGGCUAGAAAAGCUUUACGAAUCCACAGCAUGUUGUUCUCUAUAUCCUUCAACUCCAACAUGUAUUAGAGAUUAGUUUGUAUCUAUAAAAAGAACUACAGCUGUUCGUGCUCAUCUACUUACAAGAGACUUGUAAAGCAUACAUUAAUUAGGGAGAAUUUGUUUGUGAGCACUUCAAAACCCUUGUGUGUACUCCCUGUGUAACGAACAGUUUUGCCUUCCCUUCACUCUGCUGAGACUAUAAAAGUAAUUUUGGGGAAAGCCUACAAAAUUCCUCUCACCUGAAUAUCUCUACAAGUGGUUCACACUGUAACUCCUGUGGCAUUUGGAAUAAAUCAUUAUUAGUUCAUAUUUCAUCUCA